AUGGCACACCAGCGGGUUCACACUUGGGAGAGGCCAUUCACUUGCUCAGAAUGUGCGAAACGAUUCACUCGGUCAUCCAACCUACUGAGACACCAUCGAAUUCACACUGGGGAGAGGCCAUUCACUUGCUCAGAAUGUGCGAAACGAUUCACUCGGUCAUCCAACCUACUGAGACACCAUCGAGUUCACACUGGGGAGAAGCCCUUCAUUUGUUCACAAUGUGGGAAGCGAUUUACUCGAUCUUGCACCCUACAGAUACAUCAGCGAGUUCACACCGGGGAGAAGCCGUUCACCUGCUCAGUCUGUGGGAAGGGAUUCACUCUGUCCCACCACCUACAGAGACAUCAGCGAAUUCACACUCGGGAGAAGCCG